AUAUCGGUGCAAAGCACGAGUGAGUGGGGACUUGUAACAACAGCUGGAGGUCUACGUAAAUUACAAUGGCGGGGGGGAAUUAUGAGUGGCAUUUGCCAGUCUCACACAUUUGUUCAGUGAACGUACACGUCUCAAUAUUGUACAAUUUAUUUCGUACGUUAUUCUCUAUUUUUAUUGUAGGCCGACAGUGCUGUCGUUGCGUAUAGGGACUCGCUUACAGUGUCCAGUUUGUGCGUGCAUUUUGUCGGCCUUGAGAUAUUAAUUUGGUGUCAGGUGCGGUAAAUUGAUGCAUCUGUCUCAUUCGAAUGGUUCAUUGCAGAUUGUUGGGGGCAGGUGCGCCCGCGGCUUUCUUAGUGAAUGAUAAAGGUUGAUGAAAGGGUUACGGUUUGGGAGGCUGCGCAGUUCGAGAUUUCUUGAUCAUACGAGGCAUGCUUUUGCUUCCGGGCUAGCGGUCAGAGAUGUUAGAGCAGAGCGCACAGUGAACAUCCACAACGAUAGACCGAGCAUCGAUGCUUCGUGCAGGCAGGAUGGAGGAGUUUGUUACGGAGGAAGAUGAGCCAUGGUACGACCAACGUGAUUUGGAGCAGGACCUGCACCUGGCAGCUGAGCUGGGGAAGACCCUUUUGGAGCGCAACAAGGAGCUGGAGGACUCCCUACAACAGAUGUACAUCAACAAUGAGGAACAGGUGCAGGAGAUCGAGUACCUGUCCAAGCAGCUGGAGAUGCUGAGGGAGAUGAACGAGCAGCAUGCCAAGGUCUACGAGCAGCUAGACGUGACGGCCAGAGAGCUGGAGAUCACCAAUGAGAAACUGGUUAUAGAGAGCAAGGCCUCGCAGCAGAAGGUAGACAGGUUGACAGGUACCAUGGAGACACUGCAGGCCCAGGUGGAUACCAUGACAGCUCGUGUGGAGGAACUACGUACACUAGAGGAGCUGAGGAACCACAGAGAGGAGCGGGAGCGACGCAAGACUGUCCACUCCUUCCCCUGCCUUAAAGAACUCUGCACUGCACCAAAGUAUGAGGAUGGCUUCCUGGUGGCCAACCCCGGCAGUGUGGACCUGGUGUCUGAGCGUGAGCGCCGGCCGCUGGACGAGGAGAACGAGCGUCUAAAAGGUGUGGUCUCCUCCCUGAGGUCCGCCAUGGUGGCAGAACGGGGCCGGAGGGAGGGGGCAGAGAGGGAGUGCACAGCUGUGCUGCAGGAGUUUGAGCUUAUGGAACAACGCCUCCUGGGGGCUGAGGGCUGCCAGCUGCGAGUGCAGGAGCUGGAGGCGGAGCUUCAGGAGAUGCAGCAGCUGAGGAGGUCCCGGGUCUGUCUGUUGGAUGAGGGUCUGGAGCAGACCCUGCUCAACAAUGCCCCCGAGACCGACACACCCGAGGGGGGAUCGGGGAAAAAGGAGGGAGGGGAGGGGACGGGGGAGUCCGGAGGAACAGGAGGAGGGGUGCAGCAGGGAGGCCCCGUCAGGAAGAGCUGCAGCGACACGGCGCUCAACGCCAUCUCGGCCUGCGACGCCUCUGGCAGGCGACAGGGCAGCUACGCAAUCCACGCCAACGGCGUGCGCAAGCGGGGCAUGUCCAUCCUGAGGGAAGUGGACGAGCAGUACCACGCCCUGCUGGAGAAAUACGAGGAGUUGCUGGGGAAGUGCCGGCGCCACGAGGAGAGCAUGUGCCACGCAGGGGUGCAGACGUCACGCCCUGUCUCUAGAGACCCCUCCAUGAAGGACUGCGGCAUGGCCACCCCCAGCCCCUCAGCCUUGGCUGCUGCACCCCAGACCCCCUCCACCCCAGAGGCCCUGGAGGGCAUCAGCCGGCAGGUAGACCAGGUGGACAAGAGGCUGGGCCAGAACACCCCAGAGUACAAGGCCCUGUUCAAAGAGAUCUUCUCCCGCCUGCAGAAGACCAAGAGUGAAGUGAACUCCACCAAGGGUAGGAAGUCCUCAAGGGUUGGAAGUCCUAAGGGGAAAAAGUCCAAAGACAAAUGAGCU